CUAUAUCAGAUCUGGGACUCUGCCUCCAAUGUAAUGCUCUGUUGUGUGAGAACAGACAGGAAUGCAACAAGGGAGAGGCUCCAGCAGGAGAAGAGAGACGUUUCAGAUAUACAGCGGAGAAAGCAACAGCAUUCACCAUGUCAUUUGAACAGGUCAAGGUACCCUCUCGACCAGAACUGGUUGAUUUCCAUGGAGUCCCAAUGGUCUACUUUUUCACAGACAAUUGGGAGAACAUCCAAAACUUUCAGGCCAGGCCCGAUGAUAUACUUAUUGCAACAUACCCCAAAGCAGGAACCACCUGGGCCUCCUACAUUCUUGACCUGCUGUAUUUUGGUCAGAAAGAGCGCCAGAAAUCUGUUCCAAUCUUUGACAGGGUGCCUUUCUUGGAGAUCUUCUUCCCUCCUUGUCUUUCAGGAAAAGAUCAGGCGGACAACCUCCCCACAUCGCCUCGACUCAUCAAAACUCACUUUCCAGUCCAGUUUGUGCCUAAAUCCUUCUGGGAACAAAACUGCAGGAUUAUCUACGUUGCCCGGAAUGCCAAAGACAACAUGGUGUCUUAUUUUCAUUUUGACCGCAUGAACCUAGCUCAGCCAGAGCCUGGAGAUUGGAGCAACUUCUUCCAGAGAUUCAUGGAGGGAAAGAUGGUGUUUGGCUCGUGGUACGACCAUGUGAACAACUGGUGGAAAAAGAAAGAGAGUUGUCCAAAGAUCCAUUACAUGUUCUAUGAAGAUAUGAUUGAGGAUACUGGACGGGAAAUAGACAAACUCUGCUGCUUUCUUGGUUUGUCUCCCUCUGCAGAGGACAAGAUGAAGGUUACAGGAGGAGUGCAGUUUGAUAAUAUGAAAAGGGAUGACAUGGCAAACUAUUCUACGAAUCCAGUUAUGGAUUUCAAAAUUUCUCCUUUCAUGAGAAAAGGGAAAGUUGGUGACUGGAAGAACCAUUUCACUGUGGCCCAGAGUGAGCAAUUUGACGAAGACUACAAGAAAAAGAUGAAGGAUGCAACACUUCUGUUCCGCACUGAAAUUUGAACAGAACUGGACGGACGGUGUAUUUAUAGGGAUGCAUAAAUGACUGACAUACAUUUACUCUAAUAGUACCACUGUAGAAUCUGUUUACUAUACAUAUGGCAUCUAUACAUUUUGACGUUCAUUGUAACAUAGAUGAAGGGACUCACAUUUAUCAUUAUACCUCAAAGACCAAACACGAUUAUCAUAAAAGUAAAUUUUUAAAAAUCACAACUGUGCUUUAUAUAUGAUAUUUCUAUAUUUCUAAUUAAACAACAUCUCAUUCA